UGAUUUUGGAAAAGUUUUUAAAACCAAUUUUCGCACGGAAGUCCAGAGAGAACUCGUAUCCUUCAACACCGCUGGUGGCAAAGAAACUAGUGUCACUAGCUAGCUAGCGCGGAGAUGACACUGUCUUUAUGUAACCACAGCUUCCCCCCUUUAUUAUACUCGUAUCCUUCACCGCCGUUCCGGUUAAUUGCAGCCUCUCACCACAAGGCUUUCAUCACCACUGGAGCCUCCAUCGCAAUCUCUUUAGGACUUCUCAUUUCCCCGUCAUCACUUGCUUCAGAACUUCCCUUGAACCAGUCAUCCGCCAUUUCUCUGGUACAGAGCAAUGACAAGGACCAGUUAAAUUGCCGCGAAGAUGAGCCGGAUCUGAGUACGUCUGCUGCCGAACCUGAUUUGGUGACCAACGAUGGAAUUGUGGCGGACGUGUGGCACAUUGUCAAUGAUAGCUUUCUCAACACUGGCCAUCGCUCUUGGUCUCCCGAAACUUGGCUCAGUAAAAAAGAAGACAUCACAAGUACACCAAUUCAGUCAAGAGCAAGAGCUCAUGAUAUUAUUAGGCGGAUGUUGACCAGCUUGGAUGAUCCUUAUACACAUUUCCUUUCACCUGCGGAGUUCUCCAAGAUGGCAAGGUACGAUAUGACCAGCAUUGGAAUAAAUCUUAUGGAGGUUCCAGAUGACAAUCAGGGUGUGAAACUUAAAGUCUCAGGUCUCCUCUUGGAUGGCCCUGCACGUAGUGCUGGUGUGAGACAGGGAGAUGAACUAAUGUCUGUUAACGGCAUAGAUGUUAAGGGGAAAUCUUCUUUUGAAGCAUCAUCACUCAUACAGGGUCCUGGUGGAACAUUGGUGAAACUCAUGGUCAAGCAUGGCAAAUGUGGACCAGUGGAAUCCGUUGAUGUUGAAAGACAGCCCAUUGCUAGGACUCCAGUUUUUUAUCGGAUGGAGCAAAUUGACCACGGUUCUAGUCUUGUUGGUUAUGUGCGCCUUAAAGAAUUUAAUGCAUUGGCCAAAAAGGAUAUAGUUACUGCAAUGCAGCGACUUCGUGAUAUGGGUGCAUCAUCUUUUGUUCUUGAUCUCAGAGAUAACCUUGGUGGACUAGUACAGGCAGGCGUUGAAAUUGCCAAACUUUUCCUAAAUGAAGGGGAAAUGGUAUGAUCCAAGUAUAGAUGCCAAAAUCGGGAGUUCCUUUGGAAAGGAGUAUAUAUGUGUGUGUGUAUGCAUGUUCCCCGACAUUCACCCCACUGUGUAACUAACACUGUUGGAAGGGACCCACAAUACAUUCGGAGUAUUGCUGCAGAAUCUCCACCUCUAAUCACUGCCCCUGUUAUUAUUUUAGUGAAUAGAAAUACAGCAAGUGCGAGUGAAAUUGUUGCCACUGCACUUCAUGAUAACUGCAGAGCUGUUCUCGUGGGGGAGCGGACCUACGGAAAGGGACUGAUUCAAUCUGUUUUCGAGCUUCAAGAUGGAUCAGGUGUGGUUGUUACUGUUGGGAAGUAUGUUACACCAAAUCACAUGGACAUUAAUGGAAAUGGUAUCAAACCUGAUUUCAGGAAUCUCCCUACUUGGAAUGAAGUCACCAAACACCUGUCCGAAUGUCACAAACCAAAUAGAGGAUAAAGCAAAAUUUGCUGAUGUUUAGAAAUUAUCAAUAAUCUGAUCUGCUUGUGACUCCAGUUUAGGCUCGUUUGGAUGUGGUUGUGUUAAACAAGGCUGUGUUUUACUACAAAGCAGUAUAAUUCAGCUACACGUUGCUUAUGAUGGGAGUUUCUUAAAGUGUUAUUUAGCUCGAAAGCACUUCAGAAGAAGCUUAUUUUCCAUUGUUUCUUUUGAAAGCACUUUUAAAUGUUUUAUACUCUUAUUAUUUAAUGCUCUAAAAAUGUCACCAACACAUCAUUUUUACCUGUAAAGCCC